GCCCUUUCCCUGGGAAACAAUGAGGCAGGCUUGAGAUAUUGGAUAUCUGAUAAACGCGAGCUGUUCCUGGGCUGUCAGAUCGGGGGCACCCAGCAACGACGCACAGAGCAUGCGGAAAAAAUGUGAGCGCUCGUCUCCUCCUCCUCUUCAGCCAGCCCCUCUUCAGUCAAGAGGUGUUGUCGUGGUGGGACGGCGUUUUGCCAGGAGUAAAGGGACAGUUUUACUGCAAUGCUUUCUCCAUAGCUCCGAGUGAGAGCAAGUUACCCGGGAGAAAGGGUGUUGCCUCGCUUUUGCCUGGUCGCACUAACAACGUCAUUGCGCGUUUGCUUAUUUGAAAUUGGACCGAGCCAAUUGAGGACGUCGAGGCAGGUGUGCGGUGUCAUUCGGAAUUGUUCUUGGUAGACGCUGUCCAUUUUCCCGUCUCAUAUCAGAUUUGUAUAGACUUUAAUUCCGGUCAAGCAGGCUCCUGUCGACUAGGUUGAUACAGUAUUUUGUUGCAGAGCGAAUUUCUUCAGAUGUCUCCGCGUUCGCUUUGAGCUGCGAGAGUAAUUUGCGCCAACGCCUCUGCAAUAGGUGCCGGUAUGGUGGAACUGGCAUUUGGGAAAGUGGACCCAGCGACGGUAGAACUGUUAGGAGAACUCUUCAACAUGAAUACAGAUAGCGGAGGACACACUCGCAAAAUCACCGCCUUGCUAGUCACCCGCUCCCACAUGAAGCGGGUCCAGAGUGUCCCGAAUCUGGCUACAGGGAGCGAGUCUCACUCGUCAGAUUCAGAUGCUUGGAGGUCACGCAGCACCGAUGGCCUAAGGAACGGCGACGACAUCACUUCCUCCUUGGCCGCCAAGGGCUUCCGCAGCGUCAGGCCCAACCUGCAAGACAAGAGGUCCCCCACACAGGCUGUCAAUCAGGUCCCCCUCCCGCCCCCUAGGAGAGAGAGCUACCCCUCCCCCGCCACAGGCGCUAUCCCCCCCUCCUACAGCUCCCUUCUAGCCAAGAGCCUCGGACAUGGGAUGCUAGCCCUCUCCAAUGAGAAGGCCGUCCUCAAAGAGUCUUACACAGUCAAGAGCACGUCUUCUUACUCCCACCACCAGAGCACAACCACCUCUUCUGUACCCCAUUCUGAACCAGAACCCAACCCCAUCCACAGUGUCACCAGCAAGGUCAAAGCCUCCACUGCUACUUCCUCCACCACCACCCAGCUUCAGGCUGCAGAGCGCAAGGUGUCCUCCCUCAGACUCACCCCCGUCACCAUCCCUGAUCCCCCCUCCCACCACCCCGUCCCCCAGCCCGAGGCUCUCACCACCUCCCCUCCUCCCUCUAACCUUCCCCCCCAUAGAGACUCCUCCAUCGGCUCCCAAAGCUAUCACACAGCCUCUCUCUCCGUCCAGAUGGCCCCGCGGAGCCCCAAACCACCAGGCUCCAAGGCCCCCACCCUGGAGCCCAAGGCCCCAGCCCCAGCUUCUGACCCUGGGGAGGCCAGGAAGGUGAAAGGCCCCCCUCCAGUUCCACCUCGACCGGCUGAAGCGAAUGUGCUGGGCUCGCCUCCUCACCCCUGCUCCCCCGACCACAGCGCCCGGCGCUCCCCUUACAACCGCCACAGCGCCGACUCACUGGACUACCUGGCGGGCCUCAAAGCCCUGUUGCCCACUCCGUACGUCCCGUCCCCAUAUGCCACCUUGGAGCGCGGCGGGGGGGACCGAAUGGACAAAAUUGGCGUAGUCGGCGGUGUUAGCAUUAGCAUGGUUAGUGCUGGUGGAGGUAUGGGGGGCAGGUCACCCUCGCUCUCCCCCGUGACCGUGUCAGCGCUCAGCCAGUAUUCGUCCUCCACGGCAGGCCUCCUGGAGGAACUCCAGAUCUGCAGCCUGGACUCCCCCGGCGUGUCUCCCUCACCCUCGCCCACCCUCAGCCACAUGUCGUCCACCACGGGCCCCGACGAGGCGCCGCCGCUAACCUCCGCCGCUGCUGCCACUAACGGCCAAGCUAUUCAAGUGGCAAUGAAUGGAGGUGCGCCCCACCCCCAGAGACCGUCCUCACCCCCGGCCUACCCCCCUCUCCCCGCCUCGUUCAGCCCAGGAGGGGUUCACGUGCAGAGUCGGAACGCAGAAGGUUCAGAGUCGGUGAUGUCGGGCCACACCAGCAUGAGCAGCACGGUGCCCAUCGCCAGCUUUUCAGAGGAGGAGAAGAGGGUGUCGGUCAUCAAGGCGCCCCACUACGAGGGCAUCGGCCCCGUGGAUGACACGGGCAUCCCCAUCGCCAUUCGCACGACGGUGGAUAGGCCGAAGGACUGGUACAAGACCAUGUUCAAGCAGAUCCACAUGGUUCACAAAGCAGAUGACGACUAUGCCGACGCGCGCAACGCCACAUACACUGUCAUCGGUGACAGCGACACACAUGGUCAGUCCUCCAACCCCACCAUGGCGUACCCUCCCCCCAGGACACAAACGUACCGGCCCCUGGCCAAGAGCCCGUCGGGCAGCGGAAGCCCCGGGACCUUUAGGGAGCCCUCCCCCGUGCCUCCGCCACCCCCGCCUAUGCCCUCCCUCCUCCAGCUGAGGUCCAGAGACAGCGACCGGGAGCGAGACUCGCCCGACACCAUGAAUCAAUGGGGCCCUCCCGAUAGGAAAGUGGACACUAGAAAGUACCGCGCUGAACCCCGGAGUAUCUUUGAGUACGAGCCCGGGAAAUCAUCCGCUCUGGAGCAGGAGAGGCCGACCUAUAAGCUAAACCCAGAUGACAUAGAUUUAGAGAACGAGCCUUGGUAUAAGUUCUUCUCCGAGCUGGAGUUCGGCCGUCCGCCUCCUAAAAAACGGCUGGAUUAUAAUCCAGACAUCUGCUCUGGCCGACUCACCGAGACGUCGCUGUACUUCACUCCCACUGCUGACCGGGUUCCAGAGAGGCCGGCGAGUGCUGCUAGUGACUACAGGAAGAGGAGGAAGUCGGAGCCUUCGGGUGACCAGGGCAAGAACCAGGUCUCCCCAAAACAACUGGACCCUUACAGAGGCAGCAGCACACUGAGGAAUCAAGCCACACGCUCCUCCCCCUCCUCCCCCUCCAGAGCCAAAGGUGGGGACGCGUGCGACAUGACCUGCUCCCCCCGUUUGAGCUCUUCCCCGGGCCCGUACCUCCGCUCCCCUCUCUCCCCCGUGCCCUCCAACCUCGCCCACCGUCGUGACGUCGACGGUGCCAACCCGGACGCCGAGACAUGGAGCAGCACCGAAGACGCGCCGCCUGUAAAGCUGAGGUCGCGUAGCUGUGACAACCUGCUCAACGACGGGCACCCGGGCGGCACCGGCGGGCACAAGGCUACCCGUUCGGAGAGCGCCGGGUCACUGGUAUUCGACAACCCGUUGCGGCAAACCGCAUCGUCCUCUACCCGCUCCUUGCCUCGCCCGCACCGGCGACGUGCCCACGACGCGCCAGGCUUCUUGAAGCUCUACCGCAAGAUGCACCACAUCGACCGCGCCCAGCUGCUGCCCUCUGACUUCAUCCGCUCGGUCCGUGUCCGCAUCCUGGAGCUGGAGCGCCAGCCGCACCUCUUCCCCCGAAAACUCUCCCCCUGGGGGCCGUCGUGGGGCCUGGAGGUCCCUCGCGAUACGGUGCCAACGCGCAUCUCCACAUACGAGCAACUCAUCCAGAAGUCCAAGUCGAUGCCCGAUUUGGGAGAUAGCGAGGUCCCGUCUGGCGCAACCACGCCCGGCGGGUCAUCGUCCCGCGCCAGUAGUAGCGGGGGAGGAGGCGGCGGGGGCAGGGAGACACCCGGGUACCCCAAACGGCGUUUCUCCAUUGAGUCUCUGCUAGAGGAGGACAUUAACAAUGGGAACGGGACGUCUCAUCACGCUCACCAGGGGGCGAGGAGCCCGCCCGAGGGUCAGCCCCGCCUCGCCCUGGACCCCCACAAUUUCCCCGACCCCCUCGUAUAUCGACGGGCUGCUGUCCCGGGGGCCGAGUACUCUGAGUCGGAGCAGGAUGUAGCCGCCUCGGACCUCAGUGACUUUGCCCAAGUCGAAGGAUCCUCCUUCUGCAGCGAGAGCGAAUUCGACCACUGCUCGCUCACCUCGUCAGUCGAGAGCUUCUACGGCCCCUCCUCCCACCACCACCACAGCCACCACCACAGCCACAGCCACCACAACCCUAGUCAUCAGUCUCUCGGUCAGGGUCAGGGCUACCAGCACCGUCACCUCAUCAGCUCGUGUAAAGGACACUGCCCGGCCUCCAACACCCGCUUCACCACCAUGCUGCGCCACGAGCGGGAGCGGGCCCGCCAGGAGCUCCGGCAGAAACCCCCCCAGGCACAGCAAACCAGACACGGGGGAAGGGGAGGGAGCGGAGGGGACCACCAUGCUCUACCCCCCUCGUCCCAAGCAGCCCAAAACCAGCAGGGGAUGUCCAAGCUGGCCUUCCUCGUCAGUCCUGUGCCUUUCCGGAGGAAAAAGGGUGAUUCUCCACCCACUUCGAGAAGAAGUAGUGGAGGACGAAGUACCAGGCCCAAGUCUAAAGAAGCCGUCUAUGAAGCUUUGGAUGCGGCCUUGAGGGAUAUCUACGAACACAUCCAAGCGGAGCGAGGCCGGAGCGGCGCUAGGCAACCAGACGAUAGCAUCCUCCGGAGGCUACUGGCUGAGAUCCUCCCGGAUGUGCCCGAGAGGAGCUCCUCGUUACGGGGGCAGAGGGGGAGCUGCAAGGGGGGUCCCUCCUCGAGCUCCUUGUACCCCGACGGGAGUCCAACGGUGUACGGCUCGUCGCCGCGGCUACAGUCGCCGCUAAGUGCCUGUUACAGUCAUCAUACCGAAGCCUCCAAUAAUGACAACUAUGGAGAGGAGCCAGGCAACGGCAAUGCAGAGCAGGAUGCCUCCAGGGGGUACAGCACAACCACCAGCGACUGGGGAGGGGGGCAGACCAGACGAGCCACCCCGGACAAAGAGGUCUCCCAUAAGCAGAUGACCCAACUCAUUCUCUUCUCUCUCCUCCAUCAGAAACAGCCUGCCAGAGCUAUAUAUGACUUUAAGGCACAGACUGCUAAAGAGCUGACGUUCAAGAAGGGCGACGCGGUCAACAUCAUCAGACAGAUCGACAGCAACUGGUACGAGGGGGAGCACCGCGGACGACUGGGCAUCUUCCCCAUCUCCUACAUAGAGAAGAUGCUGUUGCCAGAGAAACAGCAGCAGCCGAUUAGGCCUCCUCCACCAGCACACGUCAAAAAGAUCGGGGAGGGGGUGGCCCGUUACAACUUCAACGCUGACACUAACGUGGAACUGUCACUCCGCAAGGGUGAGCGGGUAGUCUUGCUGAGACAGGUGGACCAGAACUGGUACGAGGGGAAGAUCCCAGACACCAAAAAGCAGGGCAUCUUCCCUGUGGCCUACAUAGACAUCGUCAAACGCUCGCCAUCCAAGAGCCCCGCCCCCUCCCACCGCCCAGACCCACACGGCUACCCCAGCAACAGGACACCGGGCUCCACGCCCGCCAAGAGGUUUGUGCAGGAUUCGCUCCAUGGUGGAGGAGACCUGUUCCAGGCCCUGUACAACUAUCUGCCCCGUAACGAGGACGAGCUGGAGCUGAAGGAGGGGGACAUCGUGGACGUCAUGGAGAAGUGCGACGACGGCUGGUUUGUCGGGACUUCCCGACGGAGCAAGCAGUUUGGAACCUUUCCAGGAAACUACGUCAAGAAACUGUAAUGAUGAAUCCGGUCCACCCCCGCACCCUCCUUACUUGGACCCUUCCAUCUCUAGCACAACCCAUAUUGGACACAACCAACCCGGAGUAAAGUUGCCCCCAGACACUGAUUUGGGUCACUUUCCCCACCAAUGGUUAAUUAAGGUUAAGAUUGGGGGAGGUGGAGCUGACCCUAGGAUGACCCCACUACGUCAGGUCAUCCAAGAAGCCUUGCUCAAGCAUGUGUUGUUUUAGCUCUAACUAGCCAACUCUAAAGGAGACUAUUCCACUAAUUAAACGAUUAUUUUCUAAAUGAUCGAGAAGCGGUAGAAGAAGAUCCAUACUUUUGAAUUCCUUUCACCUCAGAUACUGAAGGAAGGGUAGCCAAACAAGAUGGCCACCUUUAAAUGUUGACAUCUGCUUUUAUUAGAUUUAUUAGAUAUAUUUUAACCCAGUAAUGUAAUAACUUGCAUUGAUAAGUUGAUUGUGUAACAUUCAGAAAGGUCAAAUAUGGUAAAGAUAGAGUUAGAGAUACCAAGUAAACUGCCACUCAGGAUUGCCUUGACGUCAUCAUGUCAGCCAUCUUGGUUUUGGACAUGUCC